AUGAGUAUACGACAAUUAACCUCUUUGAGAGGGGUCAAUAUGAGAAACUCCUUGAGGGUCAAUCCAAUAAGAAAUAUUUAUUUGCAUAAGGGAGAAAGAGUUGCGGGACUCAAAAGAGACCCAGAAGAAGUUUUCACCACCAACCAUGGGUAUAAGUACGGCAAGACCCAGGAGAACUUAAAGCAUAUCAAAGGCUUCUUACCAGAAAAGUACAGCAUAUCCGAUGACUUGGCUUUACAAGUGUUGACCCACAAGUCAUUUGGUAAUGGGAUCAAACCAUACAACGAGAAAUUAAGUGCCAUGGGAUCGAAGAUUUUGAAUUUGUUCUGUGCCAAACUAGUUACGGACAAGGCAACUACCAACGAAAAUGCCAUAGAUGGGAAAAACUUGGACAGUUUAGGAUCGCCAAUUGCCAAAGAGCUCUCAGGUCGCAUGUCUUUGGGGUUAUUUGCAAAAUCUACUAAUUUGAACAGUAUAAUGUUCUGGAAAUCGUACAAUCAUGACUUGAGUUUUGAAUCUAGUGGUGAAAUGAAGGUUAGUGCCCAAAUGAUGUAUGCGUUGAUUGGUGCCAUUACCUUCACUCAUGGAAAAGAGAUAGCAGAAGCUUUCAUCAGAGAAAAAUUGUUCGACACUGAACCUUCCAUUGAAGAUAUCACAGCUAUUAUAAUCGACCAAUCCAAACUGUCAUAA